CGACAGCCCGCUGAGCACUUUUUAGAAUGUGGAAUGACCAAACUCGAGUUUACGUUAAAUGCAUCUACGUGCGAAGUGAUUUCGUGUGAUGCUACCACAGCCUCGAUUCUCGACAUAUCGCCUCCGUUCGUACCCUUGGCUCGCGUCCUUGCGUGUACCAAUGAAUGCGCCAAGUUUCGGGAGGGGGUGGCUAGAGCUAAAAAAGAAAGCCUGAAGUUCUUCACGUUAAAUGUUGUUUUCUUGGCCUCGAUGGCGACUACAGAGGCUUUUCAUGCUGAUCGCUCUCCCAUCGAAGGUAUUUUUGCGUCUCCUGAGGGUCUCUUCCAUUCAUGUGGAGUUGAUCAGAUUGCAUGCUUUACCCAUGUUACACUCGAAGACGACCAGAUUCUCGUUACAGCAUUGGAAUAUGAUAGACAGCACCGAGCAGAUCUCCUUCGCCAAGAAUUUGGUUUUUGGCUGCUGAAGCAUCAAGUCGAGAAAGCAGUUAUCGCGACAACCCUAGGGGGGGGGGACAUUUGCUACUGGAAUCGAUUUGCUAGCGAAUUAUACGGCUAUGAAAGGGAUGAAGCGAUCGGUUUCAACAUUGGGCCUUCUUUUGCCAAACAACAUGUCGCUCAAGCAGUCAGAAGAUUUUCAAGCGCGGCUAGCGGAGGGGAACCACUGGAAGGGAACCUUUCAGAAGAGAAGGUGAAGUAUAUUGUAGGAGUCACAGCCGACUAUUCCCAGCUCUACAACACUCUUGCGGAACUCGAAACUCUCAACAGCAGCUUGGAAAAGGAAGUGGAGCGUAGAACAAAUCAGAUUGUCGAGCAGGAACGAUACCUGCAUAUGAUUGGUGCGGCGAUUCAGCACUCUGAUACAGGGGCAAUAUUUACGGACAAAAGCGGUCGGAUUAUUUGGGUCAAUGAACCUGUGCUCAAAAUAUUCGGCACAGCUGGGCGUUCCUUUCUAAGUGAUUCAACGGGUAGUGCGGAAGAAUCCUUUUCAGAAUUGUUUCGACAGGCUAACACCGGUACUACACCGAGAGCUCGUCUCAGGCUUUGUCAUACCUUGGAACAGUCGAAGGACAUUGAAGUGCUGUCGAUGAGCGUACGCAACUUUUCCAGGCACGGAUCGUCGCUAUCAGAAGACCAAUACUUCAUUACCCUUAGUGAUUACACUAGCAAGCAGCGAGCCGAGAAAGCUCGAGUGGCAGCAAAAAUUGCAGAAACAGCAAGUCAAACCAAGACGGAAAUGAUGCAAAUGUUGUCACAUGAAUUGCGGACGCCACUCCAGGGCAUUAUGGGCGUUGCUUCCACUAUCAUAGAAGAUCUGUCCAGUGAUUCCAGUAUGUUGGACAGUCUAAGGACCAUUCUUGCAUCUUCACGGUUGCUACUAACGUUGAUUAACAAUGUCUUAGAUAUCGGCAAGAUUGAUGCCAAUAUGAUGGAUAUGAUCGAGCUCUCGGAUAUUCCCUUGUCAGCUUGUAUAGCAGACUCUCUUGAAUUCUGCGGUCCAUUCGCGGCAAUUCAUGACGUGUCAUUGGUGUUCCAAAAGGAAGCAGAGCAGUUUGUAUCCGCAAACCGACUGCGCUUGGAGGAAAUUCUGGUAAAUCUUGUUGGAAAUGCCAUCAAAUACACUAUGACAAAUACCAAGGUCACAAUCUCCUUGAGGAAAUGCUCCAUUGAGGACGCUUGGAAGGAAGCACGGUGCGCAGCAGCUUCAGACUUGAUGUUUUUCUCGGAAGAGAAGUUGUUGGAAGCAGAGACUAGCCUAAGAGGGAGCAAUAUUGAGGUUACUGUAAUUUCUGUUCGAGAUCAAGGAACUGGCAUUCCAGCUUCUAGCUGGAAAAAGGUUUUUAGUCAGUUCGUUCAACUCGAAAACUCGAAGGAGAAAGACCGUAGAUAUGAAGGCGGUUCGUCUGCAAAAGCGGGGCAAUCAAGUGGUUCCGGCCUCGGCCUCAACCUCGCCAUGAAGUUUGUCACUCGAAUGAAUGGACAUAUAUGGUUUGAGAACAGGAGUCCAGGUGCCGAUUUUAGCUUCUUUCUUGCGAACUCUAAGCGACGGCGUUCAAUUGAAUCCGCUAAGCCCCAGCAACCACCAAUGCCCCCUGUGAUACAGCCUCAGCAAGCUGCGUCGUUUCGGACGCUGAUCGUUGAUGACUCAACAAUCAAUCUGAAAGUGAUGAAACAAAUGCUGAGCCGGCUCGGAGUCCAACAAAUUCUUGUUGCUCAUAGCGGCAAAGAAGCACUUCAAUAUAUAAAAGAAAGCAGUAAAAUGCAUGUUCCAAAUUUAAUACUGACAGAUUUGCAGAUGCCGGGCAUGACCGGGUACGAACUGCUAAAGCAGUUACGCGAGCUCAAACAUUUCCCGCAAGCAAAAAUUAUGGCGUGCUCAGCAGACUGGUCAUCCGAAACCGAAGCAAAAUGUGUUCACGUGGGCUUCGAAGGUCUAAUUCGGAAACCCAUAACUCUUACUUGUUUGAAAGAGAUCUUGUCAGGAAUUAUUUCGGAAAAUGAAAAAUACUUGAAGCAAUCGCUAGCUACGCUACACUAGUGCUUUGCUACCACUUCGACAAACUGUAAUUUUCUUUUCAAAGCACUCUAGUCAAUAGGAUCGCAGAAAGUAUCAAGAAUAUAACAGUCCGAUAAUCAGCAAGAAAGCGAAGAUUGAUACGAAAGUACUUCAGCGUCGGUCUUUCCAAUCCAAGUUUGCGGUUAGCCCAGUUGGAUAACCGGAUUGUGCCAUCAACAAGUAGAUCGAGUUCGUGCGACAUCACCCGAGAACACAUCGUGUCUCCAAUAUAUUCUACGUCGUCUGGUCGAAGCUUGAGCAGUCCAGUCAUCAAUUGCUUGUAACCUUGUUCUGACAAUAAUCCAUCGCCUGUGCGGUCCACGAAUUGCUUUUUCGGGAAAGAAUUUCCCCCGUCGGUCUUUUUGUGCUUACAAUUAGUCUCCAGCGUCAAAAUUUCUUUGUUUUGUGGCCAAUGAACGAUCAAUGUACCUCGUUCAAUUAGCCAUUUAAAAGACUUCUCUUCACCGGACAUUGCGCCGCCACCAAACAUACCUUCGAUGUACGCGGUAAUUCGAUCUGUAAAAUCUAACUCACGAACUUUUUUCGUGUGCUGCAUUUGAAUUUCUUCCAAGAGAGCAAUCAUGUCAUUCUGACAAGACGAUAGCGUCAUACUUCCGCUAGGUGGGGCGUACGGCUCCAAGUGUUGAGCCUCCUGCUGUACCAAAUAGGAAUAUUCAGAGGUGCCUUUCAAAUGACGAGAUAUGACAUCAACAACCUCGGCCGUAAACACGCGAAAGACCCGUUUGACUAGCUGAAUCGAGUGAUCAAAGUUGCGUUCCGAAAAGUCCAGUUCGCGAGCGCGACAGAGAAAAAUAGCCAAUGGAACGGUGUACAAAUGAAGAUUUGCGGCAAUGUAUGGUUCCCAAAACGGUUCGUAUCGACUGGACUGGUUGUGCUUUGGGAUAGUUAUGGUGCGGGGCGAUGCCACAACGCCAACCGAGCCCAUGAUACGGUGGCUUGUACUCGUUUGCGUGAACUCCCGUGUUUUACCUAACAAAGCGAUUGAGAAACAAAUUUUAGAAACAAAUAAAAACAGUAAUUGCAUCAUAGAAAGUAAGAGAUGACAGGCUCACUUUCGUUGACGUUCCACGGCUCCAACCAAAUGAGCCACGCAUUUAUUGCGGCAAAGAAUGGCGACUCGAUUGAGUGCAUCGAUGCAUAACGGAAGGUGGCUCGAAGGUGAUUGUAAAACGGUUGCUUGAAAACGGUAGUGGCUGUGCUCAAACACCAUUUGCGUUGUGAAGAUGACGCUUGUCGACGAACCACUUCUGGCAAACUUGGAUCCAACAUGAGGUGGACCACAACGUUACGCAGGCAACGCUGUGUCAGCGAUGAUGAGGACGUAUAAGUUCCUUGGGCCAAAUCGUACGAAUCGUGCAGAUUGUACUUGGCCAAUUCUACGAUGCCAGCCAGCUUUCGGCGUUCCUUCAACUUCUGUAUAAGCUGUACUGUCGUCAUAAGUCGAAUGUCUGCUUCCAACCACAUCAAAAUAACAACACGCAGGAAAAGUUCCGACUCGUGCAUCGAGCUUCCGAAAUCUAAAUGGCGAUCACCUUCACGCUCGUAAGGUAGAAAAUAUUUUACAUACCGACGGAAAAGAUUGUUGUACACGGUCUCCCCGUAUGUUUCACGAUUCUGUCUAGCGUGGAUCAAAGAUCGAGCAGCAGAAUUGUUUGCUCCACCGGGGGUUGGAGCGUUCAACUUCGGGAUAGAUGGAAAGAGAGGGUACCGAACAAAGACAAACAAGAAAUACUCCAGCAUGCCAAGUAAAACAUUGGGAGGCGUUGCUUCUUCCGCUUCUGUCGUUUCUCCAAUGCUCUUUCCAAGCGAAGCAGUGUCUGGUGAAAAUUGAUACGGUGACGAGGGAGUCGAGAAGGCUCGAGGACUGGUCGUCGACAUCGGGCCAUGGCGCCCGAGAGGACUCAGUUGUAGAGGCCCACGAACCGAAGAAUUUGGACCUGUUAACACAGCUUUUUUUAGUUCUUGGCGUUGCUUGUAGUGCCAUAAUUCUCUUUGCUCGUUUGGCGGUUUUUGAAGCAGCUCUUUCAGGAGACGAGCGUCAUUUCUGCUACACGCAGCAGGAGUAAACGGGCGAGACUGUACCGAUCCCAUAAAAAUAUUUAAGGCUUGAGGCUGCUGGUCCAGCAUAGCCAUCCAGGCAUCUUGAGUCGCCUUAGGAAGAGCGUGUAGUGGGAAAGAGAAACCAAUGUCUGGGCGAUUCCUUGAUUCUUUGGAAAUGGCUUCGAUUAACGUCAUUGGAAGCGGAGAAGCAUCUUUGACGCUCGAAUCCGGCUUUGGAGCCGUGCCGAGUAGUUUGACAACGGGAUCGGUUUCGAUACUCGAGGUCCCCUUCCGUGAAAGGGUAGCAGCGCUCGCUAGGGAUGCAACCCCCCGAUGGUGGCUACUUCCCGACGCUGGUGAGCGACCGCUCCCAUUAGUGUUGGUAGACUGGCUCCAAGCGUUUUGAACGGAAAGCCAACCACCUUCCUUGUGCCGAUAUCCCUCCUUUUC